AUGACGUGGUACUGCUCAGCAUCACGUGGUUCAACCAAUUGUCGUGACAGCUGGAAGAAGAUGAGCGGUGUGUUGUGUGACAAGAGGAUCCCAACGAGAGUGAAGGGAAAGAUCCACCAGCUAGUGAUCCAGCCUGCAAUGCUCUAUGGGUUGGAGACGGGACCUCCAACAAAUAAGACGACAAAGAGACAGGAGGUGGCCGAGAUGAAAAUGUGCAGAUGGGCGUGUGGGGUGACCAGGAGAGACAGAGUAAGAAAUGAGGACAUCAGGAGACAAAUGGGAGUGAAGAACAUCGGAUUAAGGUGCAAAAGUGCGAGACUGAGAUGGUUUGGACAUAUCACCGAAAUGAAAUAUCUGUGUUCCAUUAAAGUCUGCCCGUUGCCGCUCGGCCAGUUGCGGCUGCCGAGGCCACUGCUCAUGCCCGGAAGGGAGAUUAUAUAUCCCCUUGAGGUGUGGUGGCGUGCGGGGACUUUGCAUGAAAACUACUUGGGGGCAAAAGAACUUUAA